AAAUAAAAAAUAAAAUCACGAUUAAAACAAAUACACACAAUAAAAUGAAAAUUUACUAAUACUACAUGUUUAUUAAUUUAUGCAACAGAUACUCCUUUGUCAAAGAAGGCAACUUCACAACGAAAAUUAUGAUAUGUAAAAAAAAAAUGGAGGCUCAGAUCUGAAAAAGAAGCAAGGCACAGAAGAUGCAGCUCCGCCAUGGCUGCAGGCACCGACAGCACAGGAUCCGAAUCUGAUGUGCCGCCCGGGCCGCCACGCCAAGAUACGGACUGCGGAACUCCCUGCCGACUAGCUCAGAAAACAAAAGAGACCGAAACGAAGACAGAAAAUUUCAUCACAGCCUCCUUCCCGCAUCAAUACCGACACUACAAUUUUACGAAUACCUUCCUCAAACUCAAACCAAACAAACCCUUAGUUACUCGCAGCAGCACAGAGUUGCGGCAAUUGCCUGUAUAAAUGUAUGUGUGUGCGUAUGUACGUACGAUAACGCUUCUGCUUAAGCUGCGCUUUAAUCGAAAGGCUGUUGGCUUCUUCCCCGACGAAUCAUCGGCCAAGAGAAUAGGAGCAACCGCCUUCGAAGAAAACCCUAAUCUCGAAGCCUCAUCCAAUUCCACCUUUCGUUUUCUGAGCUAGCGAGAGAAUGAAAACGACGGAGGCGGUAUUAUAUAGUCCUCAGAAUUCCCGUUUUACCCAUAUAAGGAUCCGUUAUUAUUUUUGGGCGAUGUGCUGGAGAAUUAGGGGUACUAUAGUCAUUUUGGCCUCGGCCGACUAGCGGGUCAGUGGGACCGGAUUGGAUGGCCUGGAUUGGAUCCGGUUUUUGGUCCCGGGAGCUCGCAAGCAAGAGACGGGACCUGCGAUUCUGUUUUUGUUCCCUAAUGGGAAUCUAAGUCAAGGAGGCGACGGACACUGGGUAUCUGAAUUUUUUUUGGCGUCGAUCGGAUGGAAUAAUUGAGGAACGGUUUUGUGACGACUGCAGCGGAACUGAGAAUUUUUCUUUUUUGGUUUCUGUUGAAUCUGACUGAUGCGAAUGCCGUCAUUGGGCAUGGAUUGCGCUCGUUCGUCCUCGUAAAUCGGGUGUUACGACAGCUCAGUUGUGAUCUGUUGAUUAUAGGUUGUGUGGCUUUUUCUUGCUGUAUAUGGAGGUCUUUCAUUGAUUUUGAGGUUAUGUACUCAUGCUGUUAUCUGCCUCCUUCCAUCGAUUGAUAGGGUAGGGGACUGGUAAACAAUAUGGCUUGGUCUGAAAGGAUAAGAAUGAAGUCGAAAAUAAAAUGGGCUGCACUUGGAGGACUAGUGUUGUCAUUUGCUUCCAUUGCUGUGCAUAUGUUUCUUGCGAAGUCGAGUGCAGGACUUGUGCAGUACAUGGCAGUCACGGCUUUUUCUGAUGAUUUAAAUAUCAUCGACAGGUUCAGUGGAAAGGGUGCUGGGUAUAGAAGGUUGUGGGCAAAGGUGGACACCUUGGAGCCAUUGCAGCCAUAUGCAAACCCAAGAAGUACGCCAUAUCCAGUUCCAAAUGAACGGAACAAUGGGUUCAUUUAUGCAAAGAUUCAUGGCGGCUUUGAGAAGAUCAGAACCUCGAUCCCUGACCUGGUUGCUGUGGCAAGGCUUCUAAAUGCUACCCUUGUUAUACCCGAGAUUGUUGACAGCACUCAGUCCAAAGGCAUAAGUUCCAGGUUUAGGAGUUUUUCUUAUCUAUAUGAUGAGAAACAAUUUAUGGCAGCUCUAGCAAGUGAUGUGAUUAUUGUAAGGAACCUGCCACCAAAUCUGCUUGAGGGAAGAAAAAAGAAAUUAUAUCCUGUUUUCAAACCCAAAAGUUCUUCAUCUACCAAAUUUUAUUUGCAAGAAGUUCUUCCAAAACUGAAGAAUGCAAAGGUCAUCGGCUUAGUUGUUGCUGAUGGAGGGUGCUUGCAGUCAACCCUUCCCUCAACUUUGGUUGAGUACCAGCGGCUAAGGUGCCGAGUUGCAUUUCAUGCUCUACAUUUCCGUGCAGAAAUCAUUGAACUUGGUCAUCGAAUAAUAGAAAGGUUGCGUGGCCCUGGUCACCCAUAUCUUGCUUAUAAUCCAGGAUUAAAAAGAGACACUCUUGCAUAUCAUGGAUGUGCAGAACUUUUUCAGGAUUUACACACAGAACUCAUACAAUACCGUCGAGGUCAGAUGAUCAAACAGGGAAUAGUAAAAGAUGAACUAAGUGUAGAUUCGUAUACCCGAAAAAGGAAUGGAUCAUGCCCUCUGAUGCCAGAAGAGGUUGGAAUUCUCCUUCGAGCAUUGGGUUUCCCUGCAAGAACAAGAAUAUAUGUCGCGGGUUCUGAAACCUUUGGUGGCCAAAGAAUUCUGAUCCCUUUCCGAGCAAUGUACCCUAACUCAGUGGAUCGAACUUCUUUAUGCAGUAAAGAUGAACUGGUCAAUAUCAUCGGUCCGGAAACCACUCUUCCCAUUGAUGCAUUUAAAUUCCCACCUCCAAAGAGUGAAAAGCAACAGAAGGAAGAAUGGGACAAGGCCGGCCCUCGUCCUAGGCCACUUCCUCCACCUCCUGACCGACCUAUUUAUCAACACGAGAAAGAAGGUUGGUAUGCAUGGAUUGGUGAAAAGGAUUCCGAACCAGAUCCUUCACCAAUCGAAUUCAGGGAACACGCACACCGUAUGCUAUGGGAUGCUGUUGACUAUAUCGUUUCUUUGGAAGCUGAUGCAUUCUUUCCCGGAUUCGACAAUGAUGGUAGUGGAUGGCCCGAUUUUUCCAGCUUAGUAAUGGGACAUCGGUUGUACAAAGUUGCCUCGAGUAGAACAUAUCGCCCCGACAGGAAAUAUCUUGUCGAACUGUUCAAUACUACGCGAGAACAUCUCUACCAUCCUCCCCGCAACUGGACUCUCGCAAUUCGAGAACAUCUCAACAAGAGCAUGGCGGAAGCUGGAAUCGUGCAAGAGCUUCAACACUCAAAGACAAAGUCAUUUCUUUCCCACCCCCUGCCGGAAUGUUCCUGUACUCUGAAAAUGCCCGAUUCCAUCAAGAAAGGCAGCAAUCUGGAAGCUCUCUACCGGAAACAAGACAAAUGCCCGCCCUCUUUUGAACAAAGCCUCAAAUCUAUCGCCAAAUCUCAAGACACCACUGCUACAGAAGAUACUGAAACUCAAGAAGACGAAAGUGAUGCAGAACUAAUAGAAUCAGACGAAAACAGUCAGGUCGACGUUCCUUCUGGAGAGCAGGACGACGAAAUGGACCCUGACGAUUAGCAUCACUGUACAGACAGAGACUCAGCAGCAGACAGACUAUCUCAGGUUCAGAAUUCACAUGUACAUCGAAUCUUUCCUUUGGCUUUAUAAUCUCGUCUCGUUUGUCAGUUUUGCAGCGCGCCCGACUCUUUCCAACAGGUGCGCUGCAGUUUUUGUAGGCUUGGUUUACCGGAAUCAAUCAUAUACUGUUUCUUCAGCCGAGCACUCGGCUCUCUUACAGCAAGGAUAAUUAUAAAGGCGGCUUCUUUCGCGGUGACUGCUUCGAUCCAGUUAUACUUCAGUUUAGCCAAAUUUUCCUAUAGCAAUUUUUUCAUCCCUUCCGUUGAAACAAACAGGAAUUGUGAAUGCACAUAUAUAUAUUUUUCUGUUACAUUUUGUUGAUUUUUUUUGAGCUUCAUUA